AUGCAGCCACCUGUCCUUAUUGUCGGUGCUGGGCCUACAGGCCUUACCCUUGCUCUAUCUCUGCUUACGAACGGUGUUUCUGUUCGGAUCAUCAGAAAGGAAUCGACUUUUGCUGUUGGAAGUCGCGGUUCCGGAAUCCAACCUCGAACCCAAGAACUACUCAAGCUAUUCAACAUUUGGUCUGACAUGGAAAGGCGUGCUUUCCCUCCCAGUCUUCUUAAAUUUCACUCCGCCCCAGAAGGCCCACAGCCCCUUCAGACUGUGGAGAUGUCUGUAGAAAUGGAUUCUAAGCCGGAAUAUUACCGGAUAAACACGCGUUAUUUAGGCCAAGGAGCUCAAGAAGAGAUUUACCGUGCACACCUCAAGGACCGAUUCAACGUUGAGGUAGAACUCGGGACGGAGUUCCGGUCGCUCGAGCAACAUCCCGACUAUAUCGUAGCCCAUCUAGUCAAGCACACUCCCGACGGCGGAGAAGUGCCUGAGGAGGCUCGCUUCUCUUAG